CAACCUACCUAGCCAUGCAAGCCACAGCACCCCCGCCAUGCCCCGUGCUCAAGGGAUGCUUGGAUGACAUCUUCCAACAGUCCUUGCAUCUCGUAUCUCCUAUCUUCGCACCAACUGCAUUCCAAGCUCUUCGAUUCCUGCCCGCUUAGCUUUGCAAUGCCCCUCGCUUUAUUUGCGUGAAUGGAGACCAGCCCUAUCGGAAAGUCACCGGGUUGCCAUUGCUGUGCUGCAUUCUCUUGAUCUAUACUAUACCUCUUUGUGUUUUUUUGUUUUUGUUUUAAUGAGAAAUUGAUCGAAAUCCCUCGAGUGAUACCCCCCUUCUAUUUAUCAUGCCAUCUAAUAACGCGCCCGAGGCAAGUGUGCCUCCCCAGGAUGCGCGCUCUCCCACGCCCACAAAGGAGCUCUAUCCUAUGAGCAACUGGAAAUAUGACUCUUUCCUGUGGACCAUGUCGGUCCUCGCCGACCUCUUCUUCCGGGAAGUCCACCCCCGAGGCUCGUGGAAGGUCCCUCGGCAGGGCCCUGUCCUUUUCGUCGUGGCACCGCACGCAAACCAGUUCGUCGACGCUCUGAUUCUCCAGCGCACGCUACGAAACGAGUCCAAGCGACGAGUCUCGCUUCUCAUCGCCCAGAAAUCCGUUCACGGAUUCAUGGGAUGGGCUUCCCGCCAGGUCGGCUCCGUCCCCGUGGGAAGGGCGCAAGAUGCGGCGAAGCCUGGGCCCGGCACCAUCUAUCUCCCCGACCCGAUCAACGACCCGACCCUUAUCCGCGGGAUAGGUACAAACUUUGAGACCCAAGCCGAGGUCGGGGGCAUGAUAUUCCUUCCAUCCACCAAAGGCCAGAGUGGUUCAAGCGUCGACAUCGCCAAAAUCCUCGGGCCCGAGGAGAUCCGCAUCAAGCGGGCCUUCAAGAGCAAAGUGCCGAUCAUGCAGCUCACCGGCCGGGACGACGUCGAUGAAAACGGGAGCUUCACAAACAAAGGUGUCAACGGCUGUAAGGAGGGCUUUACAGGGACGAAAUACAAGGUGGCGCCCCAUAUCGACCAGACCAAGGUGUACCAGGCCGUUUUCGACCGUCUAAAGUCGGGGGGCUGCGUUGGAAUAUUCCCGGAAGGCGGCAGCCAUGACCGCACCGAGCUUCUUCCCCUGAAGGCCGGUGUCGCCAUCAUGGCCCUGGGUGCGCUUGCGGAAAGCCCUGAUUGCGGGCUCAAGAUCGUACCCGUCGGCAUGAACUACUUCCACGCCCACAAGUUCCGUUCUCGGGCUGUCAUCGAGUUCGGCUCUCCAUUCGAGGUACCGAAUAAGCUCGUGGACAUGUACAAGAAUAAUCAGAGGCGCGACGCUAUCGGCCAGCUCUUGGACAUCGUACACUCAGCCUUGAGCGCCGUUACAGUUUCCACUCCGGACUACGACACCCUGAUGGUUAUCCAGGCAGCGCGGCGGCUCUACAGCCCAACUGGAAAGAAGCUGCCGCUUCCCAUCGUGGUCGAGCUCAACCGGCGACUCGCCAUGGGCUACGAGAAGUACAAGGACGAUGCGCGGAUUGUUCACCUACAAGAGUCAGUGAAAGAAUACAACAGGCAGCUCAGGUAUCUCAGCAUCCGCGACCAUCAGGUCGGGUACGCCAGGUUGUCGUGGCCGAAGGUCGUCCUCACGUUCUUCUACCGACUGGCAAAACUCCUCGUCCUUUCAGCCGGCGUGCUUCCUGGCCUGGUCCUCUUCGCACCCGUCUUUAUCGCGACGAGGACUAUCAGCCGGCAGAAGGCCAAGACGGCUCUCGCAGCCUCGACGGUCAAGAUCCAGGGGAGGGACGUCAUGGCUACCUGGAAGAUCCUGGUGGCUAUGGCAUUCGCACCCGUUCUCUACAACUUUUACACUUCUCUUUUGGCCUACAAAGUCUACCAAGAUCGUCUUUGGGGCCGCGUGCCCGAAUGGGUUCCCAUCUGGCUCGUUUUCUUAGCGGGCUGGGUUUUCUUCCCGGCAAUCACCUUCGCGGCGCUCCGAUUCGGUGAAAUAGGCAUGGAUAUCUUCAAGUCUCUGCGGCCGCUGGUCAUGUGCAUCAACCCGUCGUCAAGCUACAACAUCAGCCAUCUCCGAGAGCGCCGAGUAGAACUCAGCAAGCAGGUGACGGAUGUCAUCAACACGCUUGGGCCCAACAUGUUCCCCGACUUCGAACAUACCCGCCUCGUCGGGGACGUCAUCAGGGCCGAGAGCGGGCCGCCUUCACCCGCGCGACCCAGCUUCAGGCGCCGUGACAGCGAAGUAUCCUCCGCCGGCGGAUACGCGGAAGGCGUCGAGACGCCGCCCCACGUGGCGCGGCGGAACACGACGCAGUCGAGCAGGGCGAUCCCGCGCAACGAGUCGUUCAGCAACAUCGGGCAGGUGCAGAUGUUUGCGACGCGGCCGCCGUCGCGGAGCCGCAGCCGCAGCAGGAGCAGCAGCGGCGGGGGCGCGUUCGGGUCGGCGGCGUUCCCCGUCAGCGGAUUCACGACCCUCGACAGCAAGGAGGGCUUCGACGAGGCAUCCAAGAAGAUCCGCGAGGCCAUGCGCGAGAGGGGCGAGAUGAGGCUGCGCAAGAGCCGGAGGGCGAGGGACAGCCUGAUUGACGGGGACAGCGACGACGAGGAUGGGGACGCGGACGAGUAUGAAGAGGCGAAGAAAAAGCAAACAUGAUGAGGUGAAGUAAGCCCUGGUUGGAAUGGGGGCUGUUGGUUCCGCCGUCUUGAGGUGUACCCAUGUAGUAAUUCAAUAUCUAGGAAAGUUUUAUAGCGGGGUGUGGCGUGACUGUAUGUUUGUGUUGGAUCCUUCUUUUCCAACCCAAUAUUUGGGCCAUGGGCGUUGUAGUGGGUCACUUCUUGUGUUUACAUUGAGGCUUUGGUUGCCAGGCAAGGGUGGUAUGUUUUUAUGAUGGAUGAUCACUCUACUUACCUCUAAUUCC